CCGACAUACCAAAGACAGCUUUUCGUACGCAUCAAGGACACUAUGAGUAUUUGGUGAUGCCAUUUUGGCUAUGCAAUGCCCCAUCCACUUUCCAGUUCGCUAUUGAUUCCAUCUUCAAGGAGCAUCUGCGUAUGUUUGUUCUAGUCUUCUUUGAUGAUAUAUUGGUAUAUUCAAAGUCAUGGGCUGAACAUUUAGGGCAUUUAAGAGUGGUGCUUGAAGUCUUGGAGGCUAACUCAUUUCACAUCAAGCCGUUCAAGUGUUCAUUCGGACAGGAGAUGGUCGAGUACCUAGGCCACUUUAUAUCUUAUAAUGGCGGGACGGUUGAUCCGAGAAAGAUAGAGGCGAUGCAUGCUCAGCCCAUUUCCUCUGCACCGCCCGGCUCUAGCUCGGGUAAGAGAAAGGCAGAUUCCCACCGGGAUAACCGGAAGGGAAAGCUAAGAGGUCCAGACCGGCGCAAUCAUCCCUCUUCUGGCAACCGAACCUGCAAGAAAUGUGGCAAGUACCAUAGUGACGAGUGCUUAGCCGACCAGCGAGCCUGUUUCCACUGCAACCGUCCGGGCCAUUAUGCCAGUGUGUGUCCUGAGCCCAAGAGGCAGCAGCAGCUUCCCCCACCGCAACCUUAUCAGCAGCAGCAGCCCCCACCGUUCCAGCAGAGGGCUGGGGGUCAGGCCCGUGUCUAUACCAUUACCCAUGAUGAGGCCGCCCGCAACACAGGUACUAUGUCCGGAAUGCUUUCUAUCUCCAACGUGCCUGUCUUUGCAUUAUGUGAUACCGGUGCUACCCAUUCCUUUAUUUCUUCUCGUUGCUUGGAGGCCUUAUCUAUUGGCACUGUGAAUUCUUGUGAUCCUUUCGAGGUUAGUCUAGCCUCGGGAAAAAUUAUUCUCUCUAAUUCAGUGGAUCGCAAUCUUUCUAUUUGUAUUGGUGAUCGAGUUCUGGAGGCCGAUGUGUAUGUUAUUGAAAUGCGAGACUUUGACGUGAUCUUGGGCAUGGACUGGCUCACCCAUUACCGAGCCAAUAUCC